AUCAACUUUGCCGAACUAUUUAUUUCACUUAGUUCAAGGUAAGCUUCUCUAUGUAAACAAGCUCUGAAGGAAGCACGGGAUAGAGACAGAUAGAAUUCAGAAAUUGAAUAGAUGAUGAUGGAUACGAUGAUAUGGUUGAUAGUUGUAUGCUCGAUUUGCUUGUAUAUGCAUCUUUAUAAUGUUUUGUGGGUGAGGCCUGAAAGAAUGAGAGGGAAGUUGAGAAGGCAAGGUAUCAAAGGUCCACCGCCAUCUUUUCUGAUGGGCAAUGUCUCAGAGAUGAAAAGAAUCACGUCGAAUCAGACAGCCUGCAGAUCGGCAAAUGAAGCUGUUGCUAGCUCUCCAACAGCCAACUAUUCUCUUUCUAUCUUCCCAUACUUUGAGAGCUGGAGGCGAAUAUACGGUCAGAUAUAUAUGUAUACCACAGGAAAUGUUCAGAAUUUGUACAUAAGUGAUCCAGCGGUGUUGAAGGAAAUUAGCUUAUUCAAGUCACUGGACUUGGGUAGACCUGUAUAUGCAAUACCGAUAAUUAAGUCCUUGUUUGGUAAUGGCAUUGCAAGAUCCAAUGGGCAAGUUUGGGCACACCAGAGGAAAGUCAUUGCACCAGAGUUCUUUGUGGACAAAGUCAAGGAUAUGGUGGGAAUGAUGGUGGAGUCAGCAUUGACGAUGGUGGAGUCAGCAUUGACAAUGGUGAAGUCAUGGGAAGCUCAAGUUGAAGGAAUGGGAGGAGAGGCAGAUAUUAGGGUUGACGAGGAUCUGGCAAAGUUCUCCAUGAAUACCAUCUCAAAAGCUUGUUUUGGGAGCAUGCAUUCCAAAGGGAAACAUGUGUUUGAACUUAUUAGAUCACUUCAAAAGGCCAUUUCUUACACAUCCGUCGUUGCCAGAAUUCCCUUCCUCGGGUGUUUUCCUACGAAAACCAAUAUAGAGGUGUGGAAGUUAGAGAGAGAAAUUCGAGAGUCAAUACUAAAGCUAGUGAAGGAUGGUAGUGGUAAAAGUGAUCAGAAGGAUCUGCUUCAAGUUAUACAGGAAGGUGCUUAUGCUGAGCAGCUUGGGGAAGAAACAACAAACUGCUAUGUGGUGGACAAUUGUAAAAGCAUCUAUGUUGCAGGCCACGAGACUGUGGCCAGUGUCGCGACAUGGACCUUGAUGCUGCUAGCUGCAUUUCCAGAAUGGCAAACUCAGGCUCGAGAUGAAGUGAUCAACAUUUUUCAAGGUCACCCACCUGAUGCAGAUUCACUCCACAAGUUAAAAAUGGUGACAAUGGUGAUUCAAGAGACAAUGAGACUAUAUCCUCCAAUUCCAUUCACUGCAAGAGAAGCACUUGAGGACUUGAAUUUAGGGGAUAUCUAUAUUCCAAAAGGAGUCAACCUCUGGAUUCCGAUCACUACUUUGCAUCGACUACCUGAAAUUUGGGGAGAAGAUGCUGAUGAGUUCAAGCCGGAGAGGUUUGCACAUGGCAUCUAUGGUGCUUGCAAGUUCCCACAGGCUUACAUUCCUUUCGGAAUUGGCCCUCAUAUAUGCUUGGGGCAGAAAUUUGCCAUGGUUGAACUUAAAAUUCUCAUGUCUCUUCUGCUUUCCAAAUUCUCAUUCUCUAUCUCCCCCAAGUAUCAGCAUUCCCCAAAUUUCAAACUUACUUUACAGGCCAAGUAUGGAUUGAAUCUCAUCGUAAAGAAAGUGUGAUUGCUGGGUAGAGAUAAUAUGGCUUUACAAUUGGUUUCUGUUGAAGGAUGAAAAAAAAUGUGUAUGUAUCUCAUGCCAUUGAUCUUGGAAUUGAACAAGAUGAUUUUGUUUCAAUCUAAAGACAAUGACCAUAAAUAUUUUCAUUCCCAUUUAUUCUUCUGAAUGCUCAUACUUUGUUUA